AUGAUGCGACCAGGCACAAAAAGGCCCGACUCAAGCUGGGUCGCGGCGGCUGGUCUCAGGAAGGAUGUCAAAUUCAAGAAGCACUUGCAUUCGAAGUUCAACAAGGAGGAGGAGACCAAGAAGAUCGAGAUGAAACCCAGCAAACCGGAGUCUACGAUAAAUGAGCUGCCUGAGUCAAGUGACGAAGAGGAAUUGACCGAGCUCAGCUCUGCCGAUUUCGAGAAUGACUCCAAUCUCGAAUCGCUGGAUGAAAAACCGCACGAACCAGAACCCAAGUCUAAAGCUGAGAACGAACCCGCGACGGAUGACGAGCCGGUGAGCACCAGCGAGGAUGGGAGUACUGAUGACGACCUCGACUUCCCACGACCAAAGAAGAGAACAUUCGAGUUCUAUAAGGACAAGAAUCCCGGGCGAGCAAGCAGAGGCGGGAUGGGCGACGAAGACUCCUUCAUGAUGUGGUCUUCCCAAGGCUCCAAACGAGCAAAGUCCAACACAUACGGGUCAUCGACCUCAUUUUCUCGAACUUCCAGCUAUGUUCAAUCACCAGCCACUCCCGAUGCAAGCUCCCCUCGUACGAAAUCACGGACUCCUAAAGCGCGAGUCAAGAAGGAGGAUAAAAAGUCUACAUCCAACUCGCAGCCGGACAAUGACUUUGUAGUCACGCACGAAAUCCACAGGUCAUGUCCUAAAAUAUCGGAGUCAUCACCAGGAUCCAAGAUACCUCUCACUGUCCCCGUCAGCUCCAACCCCAUUUCAACCCUGGCCAACUCAUCGUUCAGGGAACCGCUAUCUAUGGACUUGGAUGCCGAGGAUUCACCCCUUUCGACUCUCAGUUCCCCACCAAGCUCCCCAGCAUCCCAGCCUGGAGAGCCGCUUCCAGCAUUAUGUCCCAUGUGCAAAAAAGAAGUCGACCCCGAACUACUCGAGAUUUUCCGCGCACAAUUAAAGCAACGAGUCCGUGAACAACAACAAUUCUGUAUGUCUCAUCAGCAACACACUGCUGAAAAGGAAUGGGAAUCACAAGGCUAUCCUAUCAUUGAUUGGAAUACGUUCGACCAGCGGGUACAGAAGCACUUUUCCGCAAUCGAAAAGCUUCUCGUCCCGGACUGUUCCUCGUAUUAUCGGAAUAUAUUGGAUACCGCGCUGAAGAGCGGAAAAGCGCAAAACUUUCGUCUUACUCUGGCUGGAGACGGCCUUGAGACCAUGUCUUGUGGGUAUUAUGGGACGAAAGGGUCUGGGAAAAUGUUACAACUUCUCACCGAUCGUUUUGCCGUGAAACUACGCCGUUUGGCAACGUCCGACCACAUUGUCAAGCAAGCAGGUGUCGUCGGCUAUGCCCAGUCUGUCCUGGUUCCCGAAUUGGCAGUCCGCCUAGUCAAGGAAGACAUGGAAGUCAGCGAUGAUGCUGCUCGUCAAGUUCUUCGGGAGAGUAUUUCACUGGGCGAGAAGCUUAAUCCCGCACUGGACGAUGAAGUACCGAUUCCAGAUGAUCUUGCCGAGGCAUUUGAAGACGAAGAUUGA